AUGGCAGAGUGCGGAAGCGUUCCGAAGCACUGUAUCUGCUCAUCAGUGUUGGACUCAGACGCUUCAAGUUCGCACGCUUCCCGACAACGUCCUGACUGCGCUGUCCUUGACCGUUUCUCACGACCACCAUCCAGAGACCUAACUCGAUCCUACGUCCUCAAAGUGGCAACGAUGGCGGCUACCCCCACUGGCAACUUUGGCCUUUCGGCUCUGGUCAGCUACAUCUACCAAUGGGUUCAGAUCCUCAUCGCAUACGCCUUCGCACCCAAGCUCCCCGCUCAGCAAGUCAAGCAGAAACCUCUCGGUCAUGUCGCCGUCAUCGGUGCCGGUAUCACCGGCAUCUCCACCGCGUCGCACCUCAUCGGUCACGGCUUCGAAGUCACCAUCUUUGACCAGGCCGAAGAGAUCGGUGGAAUCUGGUCGCGCGUCAACUCCACCUCGGGUCUCCAGAUCAGCUCUAUCAUGUACCGCUUCCACCCUGCGGUCAAGUGGACUGUGGGCUACCCUCACAGGGACGAGAUCCUGAAAAACACCAAGAAGAUCUGGAAGAUGUACGACCUCGACAAACGCACCCGCCUCGGAGUCAAGGUGGAAAAGGUGACCAGGCACUCUUCCUCGUCGGAUCCUCACGAGGGCGGCCACGCUCGAUGGGUCAUCAAUGGUAACGAGAACGAGGUUUUCGAUGGCGUGGUCGUCAACACAGGCACCUGCGGUAAGCCAAAGAAGAUGGAUCUCCCUGGUGAGGAGAAAUUCAAGGGCAAGGUCGUUCACUCUUCCCAGCUGGACGGAUUGGACUGCAAGGGAAAGAAGGUGCUCAUCAUCGGAGGCGGAGCUAGUGGCAUCGAGGCGCUCGAACUCGCUGUCGCUCAGGGCGCCGAUCGACCGACCAUCCUCGCUCGCAGCGACAAGUGGAUCAUCCCACGCAACACCAUCAUCAACUGCGCCUUGGCACUGCAGCCGCUUGGACGCGAGACUUGGCUGUCGUUCAUCCCCGAGAUCCUGCUCAAGAAGCUGCACUACCGUGAUCUGCAGGAAAAGAUGGCUCCCACCAAAGGCUUCUACACCGAGACGCCCAUCGUCAACACCAGCGCUCUGCGACACAUCCGCCAAGGUGAUGCCGACUACCAGCGAGGCGAUGUGCUCGACCUCGACGAGGACGGCGUCCACUUCAACGUGCGCAAGCGUGGACAGAAGACCGGCUCGGACGGCAAAAAGGUGCACUACGACGCCGACAUCAUCGUCGUUGCCACCGGCUUCGAAGUACCCUCGAUCGACUUUCUACCCAAAGACCUGUUCCCAGAAGACUAUGUCCGACCCAACAUGUACCUCCAAGUGUUCCCCAUCGAGGACUGCUCGGUGCUCUGCACCAACUCGACCUUCCGCAACGCCGUCGGCACUGUGGGCCACAUCCACAUCGGCAUCAUGGCGCGUACGCUCAUGCUCUUCCUCAUGGACAAGUCGACGCGUCCCAGGCCACGCGACAUGCGUCUCUGGGUCGACCUGAUCCGAUUCAUCAAGGAACGUGCGCCUGGUGGCCAGCUCGACUUCUUCACCUACAUGGAGCUGUGCAUCUGGCUCGUCUCGUUCCUGUUUUUCCGGUUCAACCGUCUUUACUACUUCUUCUUUGUCACUUUCGGUUGGGGGUUCUGGAGCAGAGAGGGUAAAGUGGACAAGUCGGGCACGCUGGUGGGAGAACCCAAGUUCCACCUUAGCAUCAGUAAGCUCGUCGGCAAAGGCCCCUCUGCCAAGUUCCUCCUGGACAAUUGA